AUUCCGCUCUAUUAAUUUGUACUCCCUCCUCCUUCAUCCCAUCAUCACCAUUGGCAUUUUGUAUUUGAAAUGUCUCCCACUCCCUCCCUAUCUACUAAUUCACUCCUCCCAAUCCCAUCAUCCAUGUCCACAAACUUUGCUGCACCUGCACCUGCCCUUCUCCACCACCCCUUCUUCCCCUUUCCCCACUCCAUGCCCCCCACCUCCCUCCACUCCUCCAAAACCCAAACCCCUUCCCCUAAAUUCGACGAUUACCUCAAUUUCCGCAAUCCCAAUCCCAAUUUGUGGCUGCGGAUAAAGGACGAGGCCAGGGCCGUCAUCGCUCACGAACCCAUCCUAUCAAACUACUACUCCACCUCCAUUUUAUCACAUGACUCCAUGGAGAGCGCUCUGGCCAAUCACAUCUCCAUCAAAUUGAGCGACUCCACCCUCCCCUUCGCCACUCUCUACGAUCUCUUCUCCGCGGUUUUGCGAGAUGACCAGGACAUCCUGCACGCGGUCUGCUACGAUCUGCUCGCAGUAAAGGAGCGUGACCCCGCCUGCAUCGCCUACGUCCACUGCUUCUUAAACUUCAAGGGCUUUUUGGCUUGCCAAGCUCAUAGAAUCGGCCACAAUCUCUGGAACAAGGGCCGGAAAAUCCUGGCGCUCCUGAUCCAGAGCCGAGUGUCGGAGGUUUUCGCGGUGGACAUCCACCCGGGGGCGAGGAUCGGGCGGGGGAUCCUGCUCGAUCACGCGACCGGGGUGGUGAUAGGCGAGACGGCGGUGAUCGGGGAUGACGUGUCGAUUCUGCAUAACGUGACGCUGGGGGGGACCGGGAAGGCGUGCGGCGACCGGCACCCGAAGAUUGGGGAUGGGGUGCUGAUUGGGGCGGGGACGUGUGUGCUGGGCAAUGUGAGGAUUGAGGAUGGGGCCAAGAUUGGGGCGGGGUCGGUGGUGCUGAAGCGGGUUCCGGCGAGGACGACGGCGGUGGGGAAUCCGGCGAGGUUGGUUGGGGGGAAGGAGAAUCCGAUUAAGAUGGAUAAGAUGCCAAGUUUUACGAUGGAUCAGACGUCGCACAUUUCGGACUGGUCGGAUUAUGUCAUUUAGUUUGUGUUGUUUGGGCUUGGGAGGGUUUUGGGGGUUUUUUGUUAUGUUUAUGCAUGCUUGUAAGAGAAAGCCUAAGUUUUCCUAUUGGCGUAGAGAUGCAACUUUUUGUUGUGAAUGUGAAUGUGAAUGUGGCUUUUGUUUCCAUGCUAUAUGAAUUUGUGAUCAGUGAGUGGGAAGCAAGCAAGUUCUUGUAUUUUUAUCA